AUGUCGAUCCCGGACGCUGAUUCUCGGAUCGGGCGAAUGUUGGACGGCAUGGCGGCCGCUUUACGCCGAGACCGCCAGGAGUGGGUUAUUCGAGAAGAAAGUGCUGCCAUCGUAAAAAUCAUUACGGAGGCGGUCAAGCCGGUGUCACUCCAUCGGACAGUGACGGAGCAGAUGGCGCUGACGCGAAACAAGCCCCUGAGGAAGGACGUGCCACGAGCGUUUAUGAAGAAGAAGCGAAGCCGACCGGGAAGCCUGACCCGCCGAGGAUGCCGCAAGGAAGCGGCCAAAGAUUUAGGCCAGCUUCAGCGCAGGCGCAACCGAGAGUGGCCCCGGCACCAUCUACGCCUCAGGCACCGACUAGAAGCCGUGCGACUGCUUAAAGCACAUGGCCAAAAACGUGGUGACUGGAGCCCGACGAUGCGAACGAAUGCCGUUAAGGUGGGCCGCGAAGACCUGACGGCCACGGUGGAUGGUGUCGUACCGGUCCGAGCCUCGCUACUAGACUCGGGCGCUGACCUGUCGGUUGCUUCAGCCGGUCUAGUCUCAGCGUUGUUGGCGACGACGGGUGCAUCUCCCGAAAUUAUCGUGAUGGGGCCCACGACCCUCCGGCCUUACGGCACGGAUAGUCGACCGAUCACUGUGACGAAGCAAGUUCGCCUUGGACGCCUGGAGUUCAACACGGGGUGUGGACCGCUAAUGUUACGCGGCCUUCGCGUUUGGAUCGACGAAGCCGAGGCUGCCGUGGAGCUGACGCUUGGGUUGCCGGUGAUGCAGAAGCUGGGGUAUAGUGAGCAGACACUACUCGAGAACGCCCGUCGGCAGCAGGCGGUAUAG